AAGCAACGGUUUCUGGAUUUUGACUUAGAUAUCUUAUCAUCACAGGUCACUGUCCGUGAUGCUUUAAACCAGGCCUUAGAUGAGGAAAUAGAGAGGGAUGAGAAAGUUUUCUUGCUCGGAGAGGAAGUCGCGCAGUAUGAUGGUGCAUACAAGAUUAGCAGAGGACUUUGGAAGAAAUAUGGAGAUAAAAGGAUAAUAGAUACUCCUAUAUCAGAGAUGGGAUUUACUGGAAUUGCUGUUGGUGCUGCCAUGGCCGGCUUGCGACCCGUUUGUGAAUUCAUGACCUUCAAUUUCUCCAUGCAAGCUAUUGAUCAGAUUGUAAACUCAGCUGCUAAAACCUACUAUAUGUCUUCUGGGUUGGUAUCCGUCCCUAUUGUCUUCAGGGGUCCCAAUGGUGCCUCAGCAGGAGUAGGAGCCCAGCAUUCACAGUGUUUUGCAGCCUGGUAUGGGCAUUGCCCUGGAUUGAAAGUAGUUAGUCCCUGGAGUGCCGAGGAUGCAAGAGGUCUCCUUAAAGCAUCAAUCAGGGAUGAUAACCCAGUUGUCAUGUUGGAAAAUGAGUUAAUGUACGGCGUGUCCUUUGAGUUGUCUGAGGAAGUACUUUCAAAAGAUUUUAUCGUUCCUAUUGGAAAGGCCAAGAUAGAAAAGCAAGGUAAGCAAGCAUACUAUUUGCAUUUAGCCUUCCCAACUUCUCUGGGUGCUCUAGAGCAAGGGUGUCAAACUCAAGGCCCGUGGGGCGGAUCCGGCCCAUGGGAUGCUUAGGUCUGGCACACAGGCCCACCCUGGAAUCAGCAAAGAACCGGCCCACAGUGCCUCUGCCAGCAAAAACGGAACUUGGGGAGGCUACGUGAAGCCC